AUGAGUUUUGAAAGGGGAACACUUAAUAACCAUAUUGUUGACAUCAAGAAGAGUGGUUUCAGUAAGAGGAUGGGAAGAUCUGAUGACAGAUUUAUCCUCUUUGACAAACUUCUUUUUGACAAUGUUCAAAUCAUUUUCGUCCGGAAAAUGUUUUUGGAGAAAAUCAAAAAACAAAAUGUGAGUUUGGGACUCGAUCAUAGCUUCAGCCCAUUGGACCUUGAUACGAUCUCGUUCCUUUUGGGAAUAUUUGGCACGGUGCUUGUAGUUAUGGAGAAUGGUGGUAGAUUCAAAGAAACAGGCGUGUGGAAGUUCCCUACUGGGGUUGUUAAUGAAGGUGAGGAUAUAUGUACAGCUGCAGUUAGGGAAGUCAAAGAAGAGACAGGAAUUGAUGCAGAAUUUGUGGAGGUUUUAGCAUUCAGGGAAAGCCACAAGUCAUUCUUUAGCAAAUCAGAUUUGUUCUUUGUUUGCAUGUUGAAACCACGCUCCUUUGACAUCCAGAAACAGGAUCAGGAGGUUGAAGCAGCCCAGUGGAUGCCAUUUGAGGAAUAUGCAGCCCAACCUUUUAUCCGAGAACAUGAGCUAUUCAAUUAUGUUGCCAAGAUAUGCUUGGCAAAGUCAGAUAAGGGCUAUGCUGGUUUUUCUCCAGUAUCUGCAGCUACAUCUUCUGGCAAAACAAGCUGCCUUUACUGCAACAAUCCAGAUAUACACCUAUUAACUUCUGGCCAUCAGUAGCUUUCAAUAUAGCAGUGUCAAUAAAUGAUAUGAUCUAUGCAAUUUGUCCUUAAAUUUUUUGUAUUGAAAUUCAAGUAAAAAAAUUAAUAUAGUGAAUUAUGACUUUUGUA